AUGGACUCCGACCGUCGUUCUGGAUUUCCUCAACAAUACGACAGCUAUUCACCGACAAAUAUCAGAUCUGCAGCGUCACCAACCCAAGGACGGCAAUCUCGCGAACUCUUGACAGAGUCCCGAUCAAGAGCAGAUGAUUUUAACCCUGAACAUGGGUGGGAUGUUUAUGCCGAUUUUAACAAUACAGGCCCUAGAUAUAGCGCUGUAAAAACUACGCCUGACGGUUACCAAUCGAUUCCUUCACCUGCUGCCGCUUCAUCGAGGCCCGUCCCAUCUGGUGCUACUAGUAAUGGCCGUGAUUUGGAAAAUGGUGUCGAACUGGUAACUGUUCCGGCAUUGGGAGCGGAAUGGAAGGCGGACGAGCUCAAGGCCAUGACGAAAAAGGGUCGGAAAGAAGAGCAGGAAUACACACGAAAUGAAAGAUUGAAGGCUUGGUGGAGAGAUCAGUAUGGUCUUUGUGGCGGAUGGGGUACCAGACGAGCGAUUGUCUGGACUGUCUUUAUCGCAUGCAUCAUAACCGGUAUCAUACUGGCCUUUACCAUCCCGCGCGCCCCGGGAAUCAUCUAUAACAAGGAUACGCCGUUGGGUCCUUCUCCCUACGAGGACGACGAACCCAAGUUUAGCUCGGGACUUCCUGUCUUAUUCCAAUUCAACGCUACUUUGGAUGUGCAUAUCAACACGGGAGAGAAUUUCCUUCCAUUACGCUUUAAGCACCUCAGAGCCGAGGUCGCAGACCUGGAUACCCAACAAUUGAUCGCUACCGGGGAUCUAGGGUCCUACGUUCUUCCUGCUAAAGCCUACGAGAGGGUUGCUGUACCCGUAUUCUUCAACUAUACUGCCGCCAAUAACACCGACCAGACUUGGGCCAAU